CUCAAUAUGUAAUCAAUGUAUUUAAACAGGAACUCAAUUUACUAAUGCCUCAAGUGUUAAGAUUCAAGGCAAAACAUGCGGCGUACUUACAUUCUCUUCCACGUACAUCACAUGUAAAGUCCUAACAUCAGAAGAGAUGCCAGUUGCAACAUAUGGAGAAGUGGUAGUCAAUGUUGCACCUGUGGGAAACGCCCUCGUGGAGAUCAAAAAGCUUACCAACCGAUACUUUGCUCUUCUUCCUCUUGUCUCAUCCAUCUUACCAACAUCAGGAUCAAUUGCUGGAGGAACCAAACUAACAAUCCAGGGUUCAGGGUUUACAACAAGCAGCAAAGUCAUGAUUGGAGCGGAAACUUCAUGCACAGUGAUAGCAGAUGAAAGUAGUUAUACAAAGCUUGUGUGCACAACUCCUGCAGUAGGCUCUGCAGUCAGUGGUGUAGUGAAAAUUACACAAAGUGGCCAGGUAGCAACAUGCACAUUGUGCGACUUUGACUUUGCUGAUGCAUCUACACCAAGUGUAACAAACCGCAGUGAGACAACCACGGAUAGGUCCAGUGUUCCCAUGGUUAUAAAUGGAAGUGGGUUUGGAAAUACUGUUGGUGAUGUCACUGUUACCGUGGGAACCGUUAAUUGUGUUGCGAGCAAUGUCAGUGAUACAACAAUCAAUUGUGAUAUCGGAAGAUUUGCAGCUGGUGACAAUAACAUCGUUGUGCAUAUUGCUGGAAAAGGUAAUGCAAAGUUUUCAAACAAUGCUGAUUCAAGCAUCAGCAACCCAGCUCUUGUUGACAGCCUAACACCAAGUAAUGGGAGCACAAAUGGUGGAACCAAACUUACAAUUACUGGUAAUGGGUUCGUUAGCAGCGAUGUUUCGGUUAAGAUUGACGGAACGGAGUGUCCAAUCACGUCAUCUGACUUUGGAACAAUUAUUUGCACACCAGCCGCCCAUUCUGCUGCAAUGGUCCCUGUCAAUGUGAGAUCACGGGGAAUCGACUUUCCAUCUAUGGAUUUUGAAUAUUCAGCAAAAGCGACACCAAGUGUGAAUGCUGCAAACCCAACUGAAGGAAUGUCUGGUGACACUCUUAGAUUAACAGGCACUAGGUUUGGUACCUUUGAUAAUGAUGUGGCAGUUACUGUUGGUGGAGUUGCUUGCACUGUUACAACUGUCAGUGCCACACAAGUGGAAUGCACAUUGGGAUCGAGGGAAGGAGGAACCGCUCCUAUAGCUGUAAACGUUGGUGCUGCUGGAGACGCAACAGUUUCAGCAAACUUCAGUUACAUUCUCAGUGUUUCAACUGUUGCUCCAUUGGAAGGUAGCUAUGGCGGUGGUCAAUUACUUACUGUAAGUGGACAAGGGUUCUCAAACAAUACAGUUAUCACUGUUUGCGGCAACGCAUGCAUGGUGGCAAGUGACACCAACAUGCAAGUUGUUUGCCACACUCCAUCUAAUGAUAACAGUAGUGCCACAACUGCUUGCGACAUUAAGAUCGCAAACGGUGACGAUUCUGUCACCCACAUCACACAAUAUGAAUACAAGACAUCAUUAACACCUAAGGUCACGAGCGUGAGCCCAUCAUCUGGUGGAACUGCAGGUGGAACUCGUAUCACGAUCACGGGAUCUGGGUUUCAGCUUAAUGGCGUGACACCAACCGUAAAGAUCGAUGGAAGCAUUUGUGACAUUGAGAGUUCAACAGACACAAGCAUUGUGUGUGUCACAAACGCACAUACAGGUUCAAAAAGGGCAAAGGUUGCAGUUACUGUUGGAACAAACGGAAUCGCAACUCAGGAAGUCGCCGACUUUUAUUACAUUGAUAAAUGGUCUUCCAUCUUUACUUGGGGAGGAACCACCGUUCCGACCACAUCAGAUUUUGUUGUCAUAAAUAAGGGCCAAACUGUCUUGCUCGACACUGACACUGCUGUUCUUAAAAUGUUGUUGAUCAACGGAGGGGAACUUAUAUUUGAUGAGAAAGAUGUGUCUUUGAAGGCUGAGAACAUUCUCAUAACCAAUCAGGGAAAACUCCAGGUUGGAACAGAGGAUGCUCCGUUUCAACACAAAGCAAUCAUAGAGAUGCACGGUCACUUAAGGUCACAAGAGCUUCCGAUAUAUGGAGCAAAAACAUUAGCUUUGAGGAAUGGAACAUUGGACCUCCAUGGAAAGUUUAUUCCACAGACUUGGUCAAAACUUGCAAGCACGGCUGAAGCUGGUGCCACACAGAUCACAUUGGAACACUCAGUUACUUGGCAAGUUAAUGAUGAGAUUGUCAUUGCAACAACUGGUCUACGUCAUUCACAAUCACAAACUGAAAAAAGGUCAAUUUCUGCUAUAUCUGCUGAUGGAAGAACACUCAAUUUGACAGCUGCUUUGAAUUACAAGCAUCUUGGUGUAAGUGAAUCAUUUGGAAAUCACACAAUUCAUUUCAGAGCUGAGGUUGGUUUGUUGACGCGUAACAUUGUCUUUCGUGGUUCGGAUGAUCAUGUAUGGCACGACGACAUCCCUGCUUGCCCAGAUGGGUUCAACACUGGACAAUUUGCAACACAAACUUGUUUCCAGGGUCGUUUUGGAGAUGAAACCGGUGCGGACCAGUUUGGAGCUUCUAUUAUGAUGCACGCUGCUGAUGAAAGCAAAGGAACUGCACUUGCUCGUAUUGAAGGAAUAGAAGCAACUUAUGUCGGUCAGGCCUUUAGAUUAGGAAGAUAUCCAAUUCAUUUUCACCUGAUGGGUGAAGUAGAGGGGAUGUAUGUUAGAAGGUGCUCCAUCCACCGCUCAUUCAACAGAGCUGUCACUAUACACGGCACUCACAACUUGACUGUUGAACACAAUGUUGUUUAUGAUGUCAUGGGAGGAGCCAUCUUUAUUGAGGAUGGUAUUGAAACCAACAACGUCAUUCAAUACAAUCUUGCCAUCUUUGUAAAACAGAGCACAUCGCUACUUAAUGAUGAUGUCACACCAGCUGCAUACUGGGUCACCAACCCUAACAACAUUAUAAGACACAACCACGCUGCUGGAGGAACUCACUUUGGUGCAUGGUACAGAAUGCACACCCACCCCGAUGGUCCUUCAUUUACUCCAUCUGUUUGUCAAAAGAACGUUGAACUUGGGCAAUUCGAAAACAACACGGUUCAUUCACAAGGAUGGUUUGGUCUUUGGAUUUUCCAGGACUACUUCCCUAAGCAAGGAGGAAGAUGUGGUUCAAAUGUGCCAAGUCCUGCCCACUUUCGUAGCCUUACAACAUGGAACUGCGAGAAAGGGGCAGAGUGGGUGAAUGGUGGGGCUUUACAGUUCAUUGAUUUCUUCAUGGUUAACAAUGAAGUAGCUGGCAUGGACCUUCAUUCUAUCUCAGGAACUAAAUGGGGUGAAGAAAAAGGGGCUGUAAUUAAAGAUGCGGUUAUAGUUGGUUACUCUUCAGUUGUUUCAUCAAGUUUCCAAACUAAUACUGGAAUUGUUAUGCCAAUGAAUCCAAAAUUAUUAAUUGAUGGAGCAGAGUUCUACAACUUUAACAGGGGUGGCAUACCAUUUGGUGUUGGUGGAUCAUGUUCUCUUUGUGGUGGCUACUACUACUGGACUCAACGUUUGUCAUUCACCAACGCGAACAGAAAGUUCAGGUUCCGUUGGGAGCAUGAGGCUGCUAUCCUGGACAGAGAUGGAACUUUAACUGGAAAGGCAUGGUCUACACUUGUUCCAGCAUCUGGUCUACUUGACCCUAUUGAUUGUGAGGUUCAAGAAGGCCCUACAUUUUCUUCUGGAGUAAAAGGUGCUGUUUGUGAUGAAGGAGUAGAUUUCCACAGGUUUGCAUUGAACAGUCCUGUGCCAACAUCACUGAAUGGAAAGAACUUAAUCUUUACAAACCAACACGGCAAUUCCACAUCCCGGUACCUCAAAAAACGUCUUACCCAUACUUUUGGUAAGUGUUUUAAGAAGUUAACAUGCUUUUAAACCUUGAACACAAUUGAAUUUUCGCAUAAUAGUUAUUUAACAAUGCUGUAAGGCAUAAGAAUGUUAAUCAAAAUUAGU